GGGCGGCCAUGGGGCGGGGGGCGGCCGCGGCGCCGGGGGGCGGCUCGUGAGGACGAGCAGCGGCGGGGCGGCGGAGUCCGGGGACCGGGCCCGGCAAGCGGACGGCCCCGCAGGCGCCCGCAGCAGCGAACGGGAUCGGUGCUCCUCUGACCGCAGCCUGUGCUCGCCGGGGACGGGGAUGGAGCCGGAGGAGGUCGGCGUGCGGAAGGGGCUGAGCGGGGACGCGGCCUACCGCUGCGCCGCCUGCCACGGGGGUGAGGACGCGGGGCCGGGCCGCCCCCUGCGCGGCCGGGCCAAGUCCCGCAGCCUGUCGGCCGCGCCCGCCCUCCCCAGCACGAAGGAGUUCAGGAGGACCCGCUCUCUGCACGGGCCGUGCCCGGUGACCACCUUCGGACCAAAGGCCUGCGUGCUGCAGAACCCCCAGACCGUCAUGCACAUCCAGGACCCCGCCAGCCAGCGGCUGACGUGGAGCAAGUCCCCAAAGAGCGUCCUCGUCAUCAGGAAGAUCCGGGACGCCAGCCUGCUGCAGCCCUUCAAGGAGCUCUGCGCGUACCUGAUGGAGGAGAAGAACAUGGUUGUGUACGUGGAGAAGAAGGUCCUGGAAGACCCCGCCAUCGUGGGUGACGACGGCUUCGGGACGGUGAAGAAGAAGUUCUGCACCUUCCGAGAAGACUAUGACGACAUCUCCAACCGCAUCGACUUCAUCAUCUGCCUGGGCGGGGACGGGACGCUGCUGUACGCCUCCUCGCUCUUCCAGGGCAGCGUGCCUCCGGUCAUGGCGUUCCACCUGGGCUCCCUGGGCUUCCUGACCCCCUUCAACUUCGAGAACUUCCAGACCCAGGUCACGCAGGUGAUCCAGGGGAACGCAGCUGUUGUGCUCCGGAGCCGGCUGAAGGUCAAGGUCGUGAAGGAGCUCAGAGGGAAGAAGGUUGCCGCCCCCAACGGGGUCAGUGAGAACGGGGUGCUGGCUUCGGACCGAGACACGGAGGCCGGGAAGCAGGUCCUGCAGUACCAGGUCCUGAACGAGGUGGUGAUCGACAGAGGCCCCUCCUCCUACCUGUCCAACGUGGACGUGUACCUGGACGGGCACCUCAUCACCACGGUGCAGGGCGACGGUGUCAUCGUGUCCACCCCGACGGGCAGCACGGCGUACGCGGCGGCGGCCGGGGCCUCCAUGAUCCACCCCAACGUGCCGGCCAUCAUGAUCACGCCCAUCUGCCCCCACUCGCUGUCCUUCCGGCCCAUCGUGGUCCCCGCAGGGGUCGAGCUGAAGAUCAUGCUGUCACCGGAAGCAAGGAACACCGCCUGGGUGUCCCUGGACGGACGCAAGAGGCAGGAGAUCCGCCACGGGGACAGCCUCAGCAUCACUACCUCGUGCUACCCGCUCCCCUCCAUCUGCGUCCGGGACCCCGUGAGCGACUGGUUCGAGAGCCUGGCCCAGUGCCUGCACUGGAACGUGCGCAAGCGGCAGGCGCACUUCGCCGCCGAGGAGGCCGAGGAGGAGGAGACCGAGACCGAGACGGAGACGGAGGGCUAGCGGUGCCGGCCGCGCGCGCCGUCCUCGGUCGGUCGCACGCCCACGUGGGCGCCAGCGGCCACGUCGCUCCUGGCUGUGGCCGGAGGAGGAGCCCCGAAUCUGCCUUUUGUCGACCAGAUCAGCUGUUUCUACUCUUUCAAACCUGACCUCUUUUGCAUUUCCGAGCAAGCCAAGGAAGCGAC